AUGGAUCCCUACUCAGCAGAAGGAGAGCUGGUCAACAUGCACACAGCCUUCAUCCAAGGCCAAUACCAACAAGUCAUCGACUUUGACACAUCAAUCUUCAGCGCCCCCAACCAGCCCUCAGCCCAAAUCCUCAAAUACCGCGCCCAGCUCGCCCUUCAAGACUACUCCUCCGUCGCCUCUGCCAUUUCCUCUUCAGACGCAUCUUCCGACCCUUCACUAGCUGCCGUAAAGGCCUACGCUUCAUACGCCUCCUCAGGCUUCUCCUCCGACUCCGCCGUUUCGCAAGCAGAAUCCCUCUCGCAAAGCCACAGCGACGACUUGACUGUUCAACUCCUCUGCGGCGCCGUCCUCGCCCGUGCUGGAAAAACCGACGAAGCUCUCGCACUCCUAAGCAACCACCAAGGCUCCCUCGACGCCGUCGCCAUGGCCACCCAAAUCCACCUCUCGCAAAACCGCACUGAUCUCGCAAACAAGGAAGCCAAAUCCGCGCGUGCGUUUGCACAAGAUGCACUUCUUGUCAACCUUGCCGAGUCGUGGAUUUCGUUGAGAGAGGGGGGCGAUGCAAAGUAUCAGCAAGCGUUUUAUGUGUUUGAGGAGUUGGCGCAGGCGCCUGGUAGUUCUGCUGUUCCGUCGUUGGUUGCGCAGGCCGUGUCCGAGUUACACUUGGGACGCUACCCAGAGGCUGAGACGGCAUUGCAGCAGGCGCUGGAUGUAGAGCCUGAGAACGUCACUGCUUUGGCCAAUGCGGUUGUGUUGUUCACUGCACAGGGUGACGUUGAGAGAGCUGCUGAGAUGAAGAGCAGACUGCAAAAGUCCAAGGGUGGUGAAGAGACUGAACUUUUGCAGGGUUUGGCUGCUAAGAAGGAGGCUUUCGAUGCUGCUUGCGAGAAGUACCAGCCCAAGUUCGAGCCUUGA